AUGGGAGAUUCGUUUGAGAGUGUUAAUCUUGAGGAUUACGUCGUUGAUUUAAAAGACUGUCUUAUUGAAUAUGAUAUCAAAGAAGAAAAAAAGAAGAAAGGAUGCAUUAUAUACAAAGGGUUUAUUAAGAAUACUACACAAGGAGUAAAAAUCUUCAAGAGGCCAUUAAAUUUCAAUGAUUUAAACUAGAAAAUAAGGUUUGAUAAUCUAAUAAAAGCUUUUAAUCAAGGAGUAGUAUUGGCGGAUAAUAUCUUUAUUGGUUAAGAUGUAAAUAAAUAAUAUUUUAGUUAUGUGAUUGAACCUUGGUUUAAGAAUAAUUAAACCACCAAAAGUUAAAGUAAAUUUUAGAGAUUGUCAGAUAUAAUUAAAAAAGGCGAAUUAGAUAGCUAAAGAAAACAAAGACUAUUUUAAAAUUUAGUCAUUUCUUUAAAAUGUUUGCAUUAAAUAGGAGAAGCUCAUUAUGAAAUUUGCCCUAAAAAUAUUUGGAUCGAAGAUAAUUAUUUAGUAUAUUUGAGACCUUUUAAGAUAGAUAAAUAAAAUUAUUAAGAAAACCUUAAAGAAUAUGGGAACAGUUUAUUAUUUUAUAUUUCUCCUGAGGUUUAUUUUGAAAUGUUGUAUGAAAAAUAGUUAAAACAAGGAAUAGUUUAUGCAUAAAACCCUAUUUAAAAAAAAUUAGAUUAAUAAGAUUAAAUUAAUUUAGAUAUGUAAACUGAUUUAUGGGGUUUGGGUUGUAUAUUUGCUGAAAUAUUUUUUUGUUAGGCUCCUAUAUUCUCAAGCUCUUCUCUAGAAUAAUAAGCAUUUUCAUAUUAUUUGGUUCUUGGAAUACCAGAAAAAGAAGAGGCAUAUUAUAUAUAAGAAAAUCACCAUUAAUAAUUGUGUGAUCUUUUAAUUGAAAAAGCAAAAUAUGAAGAUCUACCUAUCUUAAAGCACAUAAUGAAUAAAGUUCAAUAGAAAUAAAGUGAAAUUUUAACUUCUCUUUUAGAAUUUCAUCCAUAGAAUAGAGUUAGCUGUGUGAAUUUACUGAAAUACCCAUUUUUCUAACAACACAUUAACGCUAGUCCUAUGUUUAGUCCUUAAAAAUCAAAAGUAAGUGCUGACAAAAUGUCUUUGUUUGAUUUUUCUGUUUCCUAAAGAACAAAUUAAAAGAACUAAUUUUAUUCAUAACCAAAUCAGGUUAAUAACUAAAUAAAAAAUGAAGGUGGAUCUAAUAAAAAAUAGUUUUAAAUUUAAGAAGAUGCUUUUAAUAAUGGCAAUUAAUAUUAAAAUUACAAUGCUCAAAAAAAUUAAAAUUAAGGUAAUUUUUACACUCAAUAGCCAAAUUCAUACUACAAUCAUUAAAAUCAUUAAGCUAAUAAUGGGUAUUUAAAUAAUUCAGAUUAAAAGAGAAAUGAAAAUUGGUGGAAUAAUGAUUUCUCAGAAUAAAAAAGUAUUUAAAAAAAUUAAGCAGUGUUUGAUAGUAAUUAAAAAAAUUUAAAACCAUUUAAAAACUCAGAUAAUAAAUCUAAUAGUAAAAAUAAUAUAUUACACAUGGAUACAUACAACCCAUACUAUUAAGGUGAUAAAAUUGAGUAAUAAAAUACAAAUAAUUAACAUCUAUAUAACAAUUCUCCUUAGUAUUAGUAAGAAUUAAUGAAUGUUUAACAAUAAAAAAACUCUACUGAUAAUUCUAAUUAGAAAAAUUAUUCAAGCAACUAAAUAAAUAGAUAGAGCGAACCUAAUAGAAGUCAAAAUAAUUUAUUCUAUAAAAGCAACUAAAUCUCUCCAAAUCCUAAAAUAGAUCAAGAAUAGCAAAAUUAAUAAAAAAAUGGCAAUAACCAAUAAGUAAUUAGCUUAUAGAGUUAGAGAAGCCCAGAUUUUUCUAUUAGAAACUAAGAUUAAUAGUAUUCUAGGAAUAAUCACUAAUAGUCUGUGAAUAAUUAAGAGCAAAUGCUUUCUGCCAAUAAAAGCAACAGCAAUUUUAGUUGUAAUUUAACUCCUAUCCCACAUAAAAUUUAUUAGCCCUCCAGCAAUAGAUUUGAAUUAAUGUAAUAUAAUAAAGAAAAAAUAAAUCUUUUUGAUGAAUUUAAUAGAAAUGAAUCAAAUACCAACACACCUUAAAUUCAAGUAAACAAUAUUUUUGAUACAUAGAAGCCUAAAUUCUUUUUGAGCUAACCAUAAUCAUAAAAAGGAGGGAUAGGAUAUCUGCAACCAUAAAUUUAAAUAUCUCAAAAUAAAUCAUUUUAACAAACAUAAAAUAGAAGUGUAUUUAAUAACUCAGAUGAUUAAAAUAUUUCAAAUGUAUCAUAAAUUUAUGACAAUAAGUCUGCAUACAUGGAGUAUAAUGAUAGGAUAAAUAGGCUUUUUGGUAAAAAUACAAACAAAUAAUGUCAACCUUCUUCUGCAAAAGGGAAUGGUACUGUGCAUUAGGAUCAAAAUGAACAAACAGAAGAAGAAUAUUCUUGUGUUUUAGAGAUAAAAAUUAAAUCCUUAACAAAUAUUUUUCCUAAUUUAGCUAGCGAAGGAGUUUUAAACUGUAAAGUUGAUAUUCCUUACAUAGAUUAACAACUUAUAACGCUAGAAGGUGAUGCUUAGUUUGAUAUUAAGUUAUUGCAAAACCAAAAAAGGAUUAUUCCUACUCAGUUGGAUUUAUCUUAAGCUUUUAAUUAUAAAAUAAUAAAAUAAGUUUUAUCAGAAUAGCCAAUUUAAAUAAGACUGUAUAACACUAACUAAGAGUUAUAUGCCCAUGCCUUUUUGGAUUUAAGUUUUAACUUUUUAUUAAAAAAUGAAACGAUUUAAGAAGAAUUACUGUGGUAAAAGCCAGUUUUAUAGUGGUACCACCUAAUAAAUCCAGAGGAUCCAAAUUAAUCAUAUGGAAAAAUCAAAAUAGAAACAAAUGUGGUUCUGCUCAAAAAGAUUCAGAGAAACUCCUCAUUUAGUUAGAAUAAUAGAAAAUCUUCUAAUUCUUUUUUGCAUGGAAAUUCUUCUUUUAAAUAAUAAACAAAUUAAGCUAAUAGGAGUUUUAACUGUGGCUCAAGAAAAUAACAACACAAUCAAAGCUUAUUAUCUUUUAAUAACGCUGCAAGAAAGUUCAUGAAAAAGAAUUCAAGCUUAAAUAAUUUAGAUAGUGUUUAAAAUAACGAUAAUUUUCAAGUACUCAAACAAAUCGAAUUAAAUCUAACGAUGCUUGAUGAAGAGUUAAAGGAAAAAUAAAAGAGCUUAUUGUGA